CAGUAAGCAUUAUACAUUGUAAUAUUCUUGAACUGUAGAUUUUUAACGAUCUCUUAACUAUUUUAUUAUUACUUUUUUCAGUACGAACGAAAUCCAAGAGAUUAUUGUGGAACUUUAUCAUUUAUGUGUCCGGAAAUUCUCCAGAGGAAGCCUUACGAUUCGUACUGUGACUGGUGGGCGUUCGCCAUUGUGUUAUUUCAAGCGUUGGUUGGAAGAACUCCUCUAGAGAUUUAUGUAAAAGAAGCUUUCGAUAUUGAUAAUGUGUAUUUAUUGCCCCGUUACGACCGAAUAAGAGCUGCUCUAAAUGUGAAGAUGUCGUAUCCUCCUGCAUUAUCGGAUGAUGCCAGACAUUUUAUUUAUGAUCUAUUGCAAAAGGAUCCGUACAGACGUCCUCUAGAAGUAAAUAUAAGGGAACACGAGUAUUUUCAUAAAGUGCCUUGGCCCAAAAUUACUUAGGCGUUUUCGGCAGAAUAAACUGAAAACGAAAAUCGGAUCUUUCUUAAAAUCAAUGUGGAAGCCGGUUAAGAGAUCUUUGAAGAAAUUCAGGGAUUCGUUUCCCUUGUAUA